CGAAACGGGGGAGCAUUCCUGAGCCUUUCAGGAACCCCGUGGAAAGAAGGGGGGGGUGGAGCCAGACAGUGACCCGGAAGCAGAAGCGAUUCUCACAGGCGGAGCGCUGGAGAGCGGCAGCAGGGACCGCCGCGGCAGAAGCAGCAGUUUAUCCGUGUGCAGCCCCAAACUGGAAAGAAGAUGCUAAUUAAAGUGAAGACGCUGACUGGAAAGGAGAUUGAGAUUGACAUUGAACCCACAGACAAGGUGGAGCGAAUCAAGGAGCGUGUGGAGGAGAAAGAAGGAAUCCCCCCACAACAACAGCGGCUCAUCUACAGUGGCAAACAGAUGAAUGAUGAGAAGACAGCAGCUGAUUACAAGAUCCUAGGUGGUUCAGUCCUCCACCUGGUGUUGGCUCUGAGAGGAGGAGGUGGUCCUAGGCAGUGAUAGACCCUCCCUCCAUUUUACCUCCUUACCCUGUCUCUCAUAAUGAGGCAUAAUUAUAUCCUCUCACUUUCUGAGACACCAGAGCCACCGCCCCCUCCCCUGGAUGCCUAGUCUUGCGUGUCUACUGGUAGGAGACUGUGAGGACCCCAGGAUGCAGUGUUCCUGGCCCAGAGGGCCCUUGCUGGCUGUUGGGUUUUAGUUUGCAGUCCUGUGUGCUUCCCUCUCUUAUGGCUAUGUCCCUGGUUGUCAAUAAAAUAUUUCCUGGCCUCCUUGAA